AUGGAUUGGGAAUCAUUUUACGACACACAUCCCUCCCCGUCAACCCACGAACCAACCAUUUGUGAAGUAGAGAAUUUUGUGUGCAGCCAUGAAAAUGAAAAAAUUGUUUUCGUAACAGUAAGUAUGAUUUAAAUGUUAAUAAAAAAAUAUUUAAAUUUAUUAAUUAUAAAAUUUAAUUAUGUACUUUGUAUUGUUGAUCGGUGAUAUCAAAUUAUUUAAUAAAAAAAAAAAAAAAGUGGUAGUGUAUUCAACAGUUAUAAUAUUGAUGAGUCUAGAUUUAAUUUUAUAUAGUGGAAUAUACCCUGGAAGCUUGGGAACAUCUUUCUUUGAACAUUAUUAUUAUUAUUUUUACAUUGCUUCCCCACUUGAUCUAUAUGUUACAGUUUUUUACGUAGAUUAUCAUCUCUGUAUUAAAAAUUAAGGCAUUCCUUUAAUUCAAUUUCAUAAUAUAUAAUAUAAAUUGAAAAAAGUUUGAUUUCAGUGAAUUUGAUUAUUACAAAUAAUUAUUUAUUUCAUUAAUUGAAAUAUGUAUUAUAAAUCAAUGAUGAAAUCAGUGGUAUAACAUUUUCAAAAAGAUGACUACAUAAAAUCAAUAGAAAUAAACAAUAACUAGGUAUCAAAAAAAUUUUUUUUAUGACAAUCACUUGUAAUACAGAAGUACAUUGGUGAGGGGUUAGCCCCUUCAGUCACCUUGACCUUCUGUUGUUCGUAUGCCACCAGUUGAUUUAUUUGUAGUAUACUUGUGUUUAUAGUCUGAUAAUUUAUACACAUUUCAAAACUAUGCAGCUGUGGCCUGCAUUCAACUACAAUACAAUUCUCAUUUAUAUAACUUCAUAAUUCUUUAGACAAUUUAUUUGUUUUAUUUAAUGACAUGCAUAAAAAAUAAUAUUUACUGGUAUAUUAUCAAUUAUUUCAUCAUACAGAUAUUAUUUUUUUGAUAUAGUAAUUAAAUAAUUUAAUUUUAUCGUUUAAAAUGAAAGUAUAUUCUUUUACAUAAAUAAAAUUUGAAUCUAAUCAGUAGAUAGGUCUCAGUGUUAAUUACUAAUGUAAAUAAUUUGUUAACUUAUAUAUUUUAACCCAUUAAAUUUCUAUGUUAUAUUUUAUGAUAUCUAUAAUUUUAAAUGUAUUUUAUUUAUUGUUGUACACUUUGUAUGUACUAAAUUUUAUGCAAAUUGAAAUAAUAAUAGUAAUUAGUUCCAAGUUAUAUGGACUAAAAAUUAAUAUCUAACUCUAUUGUAACUUUAAUAAUAUUGUUAAUUAAUGAGAGAAUAAAAAGUAAAAAAUUAAUAUAUAAUAUUGUGAUACUAAUGAAGUAAUAACUCCUUUGCUAACGUCAGAAUUUAAAAUAUAUGCACUUGAUUUUAUGUAAUGGAUAUAAAAUUGUCAAGCUGUUAAAACAUUUAAAGUAUCAAUAUUUGAAUGUACUUACUAACAAUUUUUAACAUCAAUAAUUCAAUUUAUUUUUAGUCUGGAGGAACUACUGUGCCAAUUGAACAUAAUACUGUUCGUUUUGUUGACAAUUUUAGUGUUGGGACUAGAGGUUCGGCUUCUGCCGAAUACUUUCUUCAGUGUGGAUAUUGUGUUAUUUUUCUUUACCGGUGAGUUCUAUUUGUUUUCAUUGAAAUUCAAUCUAAAAAUAAAAAGUAUAAAAUUGUCUUUUACACAGUUUUUGAAAACUUAUUUUAAAUUUAUAAUUUUAGUUCAAAUUCGUUGGAGCCAUUUGUUCGUCAUUUCAAUAAUUCAUUGUUGGAUAAAUUCGAGAUUGUGGACAACAAAUCAAUACAAAGCAAGUAGUUGUACAUACAUUUUUUUUGUAACCAUGUAUUAAUAAUGUCAAUUUAUUUUGCAGUGAAGCAAUCUGAAUUUGAUACACUUUAUCCAGUGUUGAAGAAGUUUAAAGACGCUAAAGAAGCUAAUAGAUUAUUGUCAAUUUCUUUCACUACAUUGAUUGAGUAUAUGUGGUUGGUGAGAGGCUGUUGCAUGCUUUUGGACACUAAGUAUUGUAUGCUGUACUUUGCUGCUGCCGUUUCUGAUUUUUACAUACCACCUAGUGAAAUGGUAGUAUUUUAGUUUUAUAUUAAUUACUGGUAUUUAAGAAUUAUUAAUUAGAUAAUUUAAUAACUGGUUGUAUUUAUAAUUAAUAAUAUUAAGGUAUUAUAUGUUAAAUUUUUUUUUUAAGUGGAUAUAUAUCGAUGUUUGUUAACAAUAUUUCACAUUCAUAUUUAUGAUAUUAUUACAUGAAGUAUGUUGUCUAAACAACUGAACAAUGGGUUGUUCACCAGACAAACUUGAAAUUAAUUACAUGUAUAUCAAUGAUUUUACUUAGUUGUCUGGUUUUUUUGGCUGCAGUUAUAUAGGCAAUGUGCCUGAACAGUAUAUUGUAUAUUAUACAAGUGUAUAAUAUCAGUAAUAAAUGCAAAAGAAUCUUUCAUUUUAGAAUUAAUGAAAACAAUUUUUUAUUUUAAAAAUAAGAUCAUUAUCUAUAUUUUCACAUUGAUUCUAUUUUUUAAGGAUUUCUUUAAUUUCUUAUAUUUUAAAUGUCCUAACUUGGUUUAGAAUCCAAAUAUCAAAGUAUACCUUGAAAAUUGUAUAAUAGGUAAUGUAAUUUUACUGUGAUAUUAAAAAUAGGAAACAACUCUUGAUUCUGCUUAUGUGUUUACUAUGUUAGACAAAAAAAACAGUUUGAUGUGUUAAAUUAUUAACAUUAUAAUAUAUUUGAUGUUUUCACUCCUAUGUUUAUUGAUAAAGCAAAUAUGUUAUAAUUAACUGUUAUGCGUGUUAGUUUAAUUUUUAAAGAUUAUUUAUGGAAUAAUUUCAAAUUAUUUUUUAAAUGUAUAUACUUUUUUUGUGUAGAAAGAACAUAAACAUCAAUCUAACGAUGGACCUCCGUUAAUUGCUUUGCGUUUAGUACCUAAGGUGUUACCAGCUGUAACUCAUAUUUGGUCUCCGAACGCUUAUAUUAUAUCAUUCAAGUUGGAAACUGAUGCCGAAAUUUUACUUGAGAAAUGCAAAUCGGCGCUUGCUAAAUACAAACAUCAAGUUAGUUUAAAUUAUCAUGUUAUUUUUAACACACAAUUAUUAUUAUUUAAUAUUUUUAGCUUGUUAUCGGCAACUUACUAUCUACCAGGAAACACAAUGUCAAGUUGGUAUCUAGAGAUGGCAUAGAAGAUAUAACACUGAGCACUGCAGAUUCGGAGACAGGGCUUGAGAUUGAAUAUUUAAUUGUAACAAAUCUGGAAGCCAAACAUGAUGCUUACAUAAAAAGUAAACAGUAA